AUGGCCCAAACACGCGGCGCGACCGGCCACUCUAAGCCAAGAGUCUUCACCACGGUCUCGACCGAGCCAGUCCGCAAACGCAAGACGACCGGCGCCGCCACCACCACGGACGGCACCACCAAGAAGCGCGGCAAGACCGCAUCAAAGAAAGCGGGAGGCGCGACCGGCGCAGGUGGUGUGACCAAGAAGCGCGCCCCUGCGACGCACCACAAGAGAAAGCCCACAGUCACGGAUAAGGUCGAGGGUGCGCUCGAGAAAGCCGUCGGCGCUGUCGAGGGCAAGCCUGGCAAGAAGGCCGCCGGCACCAAGAAGAUGAAAGGCACAGACGGGAAAGGCGGCAAGGUGUCCAAGACCGCGAAGAUCGAGGUAUGA